AUGGUUGAUGGAAUGGUUACAGAAUAUUUAUAUAUUAAUCGUGGUGUCCCUCAAAGUACUGUUUUAGGCCCAGUUCUUUUCUCAAUAAUGGUUGAUGAUAUUAAAACUGCUGAUCCUAGUAAUGCGUUAGUCAAAUUUGCUGACGAUUUGACGUUAGGAGUGCCUGGCAACGAAAGUGGUGACACAUCUCGAUCUGAAGCUGCCUGUUUACAGGAUUGGGCGGAAGAGAAUAGAAUGCCCUUAAACUUGGAAAAAACGUACGAAAUGGUUGUUCGCAGACACACCUCUGUAGUUUUGCCCGAGCUUAUCCCUUCAAUUAAGCGAAAAACAUGGCUAAAGCUUUUAGGAGUUACUCUACAAGAUAACCCGUGCAACUGGGAUUUGCGCUUUGAAGAAAUGCUCAAAAAAGCAAGUGGACGAAUGUACAUUAUGAGAGUUUGCAAAUACUAUGGACUAUCAAUUAAACAAUUAGAUCUGCUGAUUGAUAGCCUAAUUAUGUCGAUAUUCACUUUUGCUAUUGAGCUGUGGGGUUGUGCAUACGACGGUAAAUAUUUGAACCAAAUAGAUAAAUUCAUUAAACGUGCACAUAAGAAUGGUUAUAUAUCAAAACGAACACACAUUAAAGAAAUACGUGAUAAGAGAGAUAAGAAACUGUGGAACAAAAUAACAUCAACUGAGGACAAUGCAUUGCUUGAACUGCUGCCGGAAAAAAGAAGUAGGUUACUUAGGCCUAGAGGGCAUGAGUAUGAACUCCCCCUAGUCAGAACAGAAAGAUUCAAAAGGUCGUUCAUAAAUCGUUGUCUGUAUAACUUUGUUUAG